AUGUCACCAUUUUCGAAAGCUGACGAUGGAUUGCGAAGCUUGAAUAUAGGUAUUGCUUUGAUGCUAGCUGCAUCUGCUACUUCAGGGUACAACGCCAGCCAGAUCAAUAGCUUGCUUGUGCUUCCAGAAUUUACGAAAUUUCUAAGCGGUCUUAAUUCCAAUGCCACCGGUCUCAUCAUCGCAGCCGUCUCUCUUGGAGCCUUCCUUUCCUUCAUUCCCGCCUCUUAUGUCGCCGAUAGACUGGGUCGCCGACUAUGCGUUAGCAUGGGAGCCACACUCUGUAUAAUUGCGGCUAUAUUGCAAUUUGCGUUUGAGCACCACUGGGUAUAUUUUGGUGCCCGUGUUGCUAUGGGCGCCGGCGUUGGCUUCUCCCAAACUGCAGCACCGUUGUUGAUCGCGGAAACAGCUCACCCGAGCCAAAGGCGAACUCUCACUGGCCUAUAUAAUGCUGUCUGGUUUUGCGGGUCCAUUACAGCAGCAGCUAUCACAUUUUCUACAUUAUCCAUGAAGAACAGCUGGUCGUGGAGAGUACCAUGCCUGCUGCAAAUACUAUUUCCGUCUUUGCAACUAGUGGCACUUUCCAUUAUUCCGGAGAGUCCAAGAUGGCUUGUGUCAAAAAACCGGAAAGGGGAAGCACUCGCUAUGCUCACGCGAUAUCAUGCCAACGGAAAUAUGCACAACAAGUUGGUGCAAGAUGAAUACGAUCAAAUCUGUGCCAGCAUUAAUGCCGAAACGGACCAGAAGUCGGCCUCGCAAUGGAGCGCCUUCUUUAAAUCUAAAGGGGAUAUGCACCGCCUUACCAUUUGCAUUCUUUUAGGGUUUAUGCAGGAAUGGACUGGCAAUGGUGUCACCUCAUACUACCUGCCUCCAAUUUUGGGAUCUGUCGGCAUAAAUGCUGCAACCCACCAGGCUGCUGUCAACAUUAGCCUUCAAGUUUGGAAUCUGAUAUUUGCCGUGGCAGGAGCCAGCACCUCGGAUAAAUAUGGACGUCGAGUUCUGUGGCUAUGUGCGACAACACUGAUGAUAAUCUUCCUGUCGACAGCAACUGUCAUGGCUGGUCUCUUCGCGGAAGUCCAUAUUCUGGAGGCAGGGAUUACAGUGGUUCCAAUGCUGUUCCUGUUCUGCGCAGCUUACGAUUUUGCCUACAUGCCACUCUUCAUUGCAUACCCAGCGGAAAUCCUGCCUUUCCAGCUUCGCGCCAAGGGCCUUGCCGUCACUCUGACAACAGACUCUCUGGCCUGCUUCUUCAACCAGUAUGUGAACCCAGUGGCAUUUUCAGCGCUUCGAUGGAGAUACUUUAGUAUCUACGUAGGCUGUCUUGUUAUUGUCCUGGGCCUGGUUUACCUCUUCUUCCCGGAAACCCAAGGAAGGUCCUUGGAAGAGGUCGCACGGAUAUUUGAAAGCAAUAAGAUUGACGACUCGGAAGGAGUACUGAGCGACACAGAUGGGUCCAAGGAUUCAUCUUUUGCUAUUAAGUAUGAAGAAUAG